UAGUGUUCUGUGGUUCUGUGUACUCAAUAAAUGAUAAAAUUUAAUAUUAAAAUCGUUACAAAAUAAUAAAUAUUAUUAGUUAAUACAGAAUAUUUAAUUUAAAACUGUAAAAAGCAUACACGCUCGAGAAAAUUUUCAAGUAAUUAUUUGUUUAUGUAUGUACUUUUCAGAAUACACACAGAAAAAUCUUCCAAAUAAAUUAGUAUAUUGUCUUAUUAUUAUUAUAAUUUACAUCACACUAAAUGGCAGAUGAUAUUAUUUUUGAGUUACUACAUUCAGAAAUAAUAAAUUAUGCCAAAGAACAAUCGAAAAAUAAUGGGAAUAAGGAAACAGACCUGUCAGUGGUAGAAUAUAUUGGUUUUGCAGCUGGAUAUAAAAUCAUGGAAAGGUUGACCAGAGAGUGGCCAAGGUUUAAAGAUGAACUAGAUACAAUGAAGUUUAUUUGCACAGAUUUCUGGACUUGCAUUUAUAAAAAACAAAUUGAUAACUUGCGCACAAACCAUCAAGGAGUUUAUGUGCUGCAAGAUAAUGCAUUUCGUUUUCUCACCAACUUUUCUAAUGGACAUCAGUUUUUAGAAUAUGCACCCCAGUUUGUGGCGUACACCUGCGGUCUCAUCAGAGGUGGUCUAGCAAACCUCUGCAUCAACAGCGUGGUCACAGCAGAAGUCCAGACAAUGCCUUCCUGUAAAUUCCAUAUUAAUGUUCAACGAACAACCUAAAACAAUUAUAUUUAUGUAAGCCAGAUAAAUUUAGUAAUUUAUUCAUAUAUAUAUAUAUAAAUAUUAAUAUUUUAUUGUAAUUUAAAUUAACAAUUUGUUUCAUUAAACGUUAUUACAAUGAA